AUGAUGGAGCAACUCACCCUGCGAUCGCUGGCCACGGCGAAUCAUUUCAUGGUCUUCGCUUCAUCGGUAAUCGUGACGGGAAUUAUUUCCCACUUCCUCAAAGUUGACUCGUUUCGCAAUGCCCACAUAAUUUACCAAGAAGUUAUUGCGACAAUCACUCUGGCCGUGUCAAUUGUCGCGAUGGUGCUGCCUUUCAUCCAUCGCUACAAAGGAUACCUUCUGCCAUUUAAUCUCAUCGUGUCAUACCUCUGGCUCACGUCCUUCAUCUUCUCGACUCAGGACUGGGCGGGCGGCCGCUGCCCUCUCAAUGGUCCCGGAUCCGGAGAUUGCGGCCUGAAGAAGACCGUCAUUGCCUUUAACUUUCUGGCCUUGUAA